AUGUUGUGGGUUGUUGGUCCGAGUCUGAAACAGGACUCAGUUCUACCUGGAGGAAGUUUAAAUCUCAAGACGGCUAUUGACACGGAGAUUCAGGACAGCGGGAUUAGCAUAAUCGCCAUGACCAUGGUUUUGAUUCUGAUCUUGAUGAUUUUGCGACCAUGUCUCAUCUCAGCUUUGAAUCAUGCCGUUUGGCUUGAGGACAUUACCCAGAACGCCAGGACACGCAAUCUUGACCUGGGAUUGUCGGAAACUCUUCAGUUCAAGCUGAAGCGCAGCGGACACCAGGAUCUGACCUUGAAUCUCGUGGAGAACAAGCGACUGAAUCAGAACGCUCCGGUGUACGAGGUCCACACAGAGAAUGGUCAAAAUAAACUGGUCAAGAAAGAAACAGCGCCCAUCGUUGAUGUGAAGUUCUAUCACGACAAGGUAAAUGGUGGUUCGUUCAUGGUUGAAUGCUCCAAGAGAUCAAAGGGCGCGUGCCGACGAACACUGACCGGUAGCUUGGAAAUUGACGAUGAAGCCUUUGAAAUAAACCCGACGCCGGAAAUAUUUGUGUCUAGGUCACUGGCCGUGAACAAGCUUAAUCCGCACAUGCUUUCCAGGGUGGAGAUCCCCAGCGGUACUGCUAGACGGGAUUACAUGACCGAAGAGGAAGACGCCCCAGUGCCACCUACCGACCAAGCUGAAACGCCUUUCCUGCGCGAAGCCCUCCCGGAAAAGGACAAUAAUGAGGAAAAUAGGAAUGUUGGUACCGAUAUGCACCUUAACCCUCCCAAGCCUGAACCUGGUCGUGAUUACUCUGUGGACAUGAGUGACCUUAAUGAAAAAGAGUUAGAAAACAAGCUUGCCAAAGAACUACAACGACUUCUCAAGAAAAUCGAGCUGGAUGCCCUUACAGAGAUAAGCCUUCGCUAUGAAAGCAUCGAAGAUUCUGAGUUGAAUAUUUACGUGACCAUGUCUAAAAUCCUCAUUUACAAGACAAUUGCUGCCAACAAUCCUUUGCCGAAUGCUGAAACGGUUGAGAUGGGGGCUAAUGGAAAGGAGGUUGCAAAUAGUAGCUUCUAUGUCAGAAAAUUGGUCGACUGGCUUGCUGAUCUCCCUAACGCACACGAUUAUGAUCACGCUAUGGUGUUUACCGCCCUCGGUGCCCACCACGACGCCGACAGCAGGACAAAAAAGAUCGCCUUUUGUCCCACUAUAGGCAACUUCAUCAUGGGGGAAUGGGGUACCUUCAAAAGCGAUGAUGCGUACACGGUGAAUCGCUGGCGCUUCUCGACAUGCUCCGUUCAGCAGUUCAAAAAUUAUAUCGAGUCGCUGGGUAAUAACAACUGUCUGCUGGACAUUGGAGACGCCACGGACGAGUACAAAACCCACUCGAGCAAGCAACCCGGGGAGCUGUACUCGCCCACCGAACAAUGCCAGCUCGAAUACGGAGAAAACUCAAGAUUGUCAAGCAGUCAGUCGGCCAUAGACCCAGGGAUAUGCCUGCGCAUGGUUUGCAGGUACAACGGUAAGCGGUACAACAUUACUGCCGCUCAUGGUACACCGUGUGACAAUCCUUCUCUGAAUAAGUGGUGCAAAGAGGGACUGUGUGUCGCUAAAGAAACUCCCGCAAAUGAUUAA